GCAUUCGUCACCACCGCCGCCGCCUCCCCGCCGCCGCCUUUUCUCCCCUUCCCUUCCCCUCCUCUCCCCAGCCGCAACUACAAAACCCUAGCAAAAUUCUCCACCACUCCAUCCAAUCACUCAAACCCGCCUUGCGAUUCAAUCGAAGAAUCCGACCAGGAUGAUGCCCGGAUCAGCCGCGCCGGCGGGGGGCGCCGGGAUGUUCGUCCCGGCGGCGACCGCGGGCACGGUCCUCUGCUGCAUGUGCGGCGUGGCGAUGCAGCCGAACCCGGCCAACAUGUGCGCGCGCUGCCUCCGCGGGCGCAUCGACAUCACCGAGGGCGUCCCGCGCCACGCCGCCGUGGUCUACUGCCCCGACUGCUGCUCCUACCUCCAGCCGCCGCGCUCCUGGCUGCGCGCGACCCCGGAAUCCCCCGAGCUGAUGCAGAUCCUGCUGCGCCGCAUCAACCGACCGCUGGCCCGGCUCCGCGUCUCCCUCUCCGGCGCCGAGUUCGUCUUCUCCGAGCCCCACUCCAAGCGCCUCCGCCUCAAGCUCCGCCUCCGCCGCGAGGUGCUCCACGGCGUCGUCCUCGAGCAGACGCACCCCGUCGAGUUCGUCGUCCACGACCGACUCUGCGACUCCUGCUCCCGCGCGCAGGCCAACCCCGACCAGUGGGUCGCCGUUGUCCAGCUCCGCCAGCACGUGCCCCACCGCCGCACCUUCCUCUACCUCGAGCAGCUCCUCCUCAAGCACGGCCAGGCUUCCCUUGCGAUCCGCGUCGCCGCCGCUCCCGGCGGCCUCGACUUCUUCUUCGGCUCGCGCUCCCAUGCCGCUCGCCUGGUCGACUUCCUCGCCACCGUCGCUCCUAUCCAAACUCAGACAGCCAAGCAGCUCGUCUCGCACGACACCAAGAGCAGCGUCUACAACUACAAGUACACAUUUUCGGUCGAGAUAUGCCCCAUCUGCCGCGAGGACCUCAUCGCGCUCAGCCCAAAGGCCUCCCGGGACAUGGGAGGUCUUGGCCCGCUCGUCCUCUGUGUUAAGGUCACAAAUGCCAUUGCUCUUCUUGAUCCCCUCACGCUGCGUGUUCACCACCUGGAGGAGAAAAAGUACAGGGUGUACAACUUUAAAGCAGCUCUGACUAGCAAGCAGCUCGUGGAGUACAUUGUGCUGGACAUUGAGCAAGAAUCGCCGGAAAUUUCCAUUGAUGGGUCUCGGUACCAAUUGGCUUAUGCACAGGUUGCCCGGGUGUCGGAUUUUGGGAAGAACGACACCAUCUUUACAGUUAGGACGCAUCUUGGCCAUCUGCUGAAUCCUGGUGAUCAUGCCCUUGGGUAUGAUCUCUAUGGCGCGAACCUGAAUGAUGAUGACAUGGACACGGCUAUGACACGGUACAGCUUACCGGAGGUGGUUCUUGUCAAGAAGAGCUAUGAGAAGAGGCCACGCACACGGAGAUGGAAGCUGAAGAGGUUGCCAGUGGAGGAAGAUGCUGCGAACAAGGCCAAGGGCGAGGAAGAGAAGAGGCUAGAUGAGUAUGAGUCUUUCCUCAAGGAUUUGGAGCAGGACCCAGAGUUAAGGUUUACGAUAAAUCUGUACAAGAAUGAGGACUAUAGGUCAGAGAUGGCAUCAACUGUUGGUGAUGAUGUCCCUACAGUGCCAAUUGAGGAGCUGAUUGAGGACCUUACCCUUGGCGAUGAUGAGGAGGAUGAAGGGGAUGAAGCUGUAGCAGGCAUCGCUCAAUCUGGGAUGGUGGAAUGAUCAAUAUUGCUACUUUGUUUCUUCAUUGCUCACUGGGAAGGCUUGGCGCUCACUGCAGGUCAUAUGCAUAUGCCUGAGUCGCAUCUGUCAGUUAUCAUAUAUUUUAUUUUCCCUGUUACUGAUAUAAGUUAAAAUGUGGCGGUGUUCCUUAAGUUAAGUUUUGAAUUCCGUUGUCCAUUCAAAUCGACAUUGUUUCAACCCUUAUCCUGUAUUGGGGGCAUAACAAUCUGUUUUUCCCUUUUCAUAUUGCCACCUGUCACAGUGUUUUAUAAGUUCUAAUGCUUUGAGUUUUACCAUA